CAAACUUUCCUAAAAGGUCAAACCAAACCACCUUCACUGGAACGGUCUCGAAAAGAUCUGCUGGUCUCGCGUGAUUCUAUGAAACUUUUGAAACCCAACCUCCACAUCGACAAGCAAGCACGAACCACGAGGACACUGUGCUCGUAAGCAAGCCAUCUUUCCAUUUCCCACUUCUCGGGAUUGUGAUUAUUUACGCAUUUUAAGCCUCGCAGAUGUCAUGGACAUCAUUUAUGAUUACAAAUCGACACCGCUGUUCAUAAAACAACAACAAGAAGACAUUGCUAAGCGUUGGGAUGAGGACAUGUCUGACCUGCAAGUGUCCACAGUCCUCGUCGGCACGAAGCAAAAACAACGCAAAACGUGAGGGCCAAUAAGUCACGUAAGAAAGACGCUUCAUUGACAUAAUAAAAGCGUCACUUGAUCAUUUGGGUUCCCUCCGAAGGAAAGAAAAUAUUCAUGCGCCGGGAGACGACGACAAGCCGGCGGACAUGUUUGAGGGAGACACAACAUUACGGAAGGAACCGGCGUGCAACACAAAAAAGCUUCCCUCGCCGGUAGUCGUCUCAAAAUACAUCGUUCAGCUUUCCAUUAAACAGCACAAGUUGACAACAAAAUUGUUUGGCACUGUGGGGGGAAAUGAAAGCACUAAAUCGCGGAGCGGAGCGCCUACGGAGGCCGCGCGUGGACGAAAAGGCGUUCGUGUUAUCCCGGCGGCCGUCCUGCAAUGGAGGGGGUGACAGUGGGCCAGGUAUUUGAUGCCGAAUGCAUCCUCAGCAAGCGGCCGAGAAAGGGCAAGUUCGAGUAUCUUGUCAAGUGGAGAGGGUGGUCGUCCAAGCACAACAGUUGGGAGCCAGAGGAAAAUAUUUUGGACCCAAGAUUACUGGCAGCCUUUCACAAAAGGGAACAAGAGCGAGAACUUUUGUUCCAGAAGAAAGGAAAGAGGCCGAGAGGACGACCACGCAAGAUUCCGCUUGCCGCUCCGCUCGCCGCAAAAGACAGCCGCUCGUCCUCCUCGUCGUUCUCCGGCGCGUCUUCGUCAGCGGCGUCGUCGUCCGAGGAAGAAGACGAGGCGGAGCACGAAGGCGAGAGGGCCGAGGGGGCGGGGGCGGGGCCGGGGGAGGCGGCGUCCCCCCGGCUGCACCCCGUCCCCCAGAAGAGACCUCAGAUCCCGCCCGCCGACGCCGAGCCUCCUCGCAAGAAGCGCGGCCGGAAACCGCUCCAGACCGACGCGGGCGCUUUGAGGCGCCCCGAAAGCAGGACGCCGCCCUUGCGCCCGCCCCCGAGCCACCACCACCACCACCACCAGCUGCUGCCGGGGUUCCUACGCAAGUAUGGAAAGGUGGAUCCUCGGCCAGGGAUAAAGAAGCCGCUGCAACCGGCGAGCUUCACCUACCCCGGACUCAGCAGGACCGCCAGAGACCACCAUGCCGCCGCCGCCCAGAGCUCGGCUUUCUCUCAGGUGGCGGCGUCCAAAGGGGGCUGCGUUUGGAACCGCCACAUGCCCGCGCCCUCGGCGUCCCUCGGCAAAGCUGGCAGCUCGCCGCAAAGGAAGACGUCGCACGGCGAGCUCAAACACUCGGGGGCGGGCGGCGGCCGGGGCGACGCCCACAAAAGGACGCCGCCCCCUCUGAGAGCCUUCUUCGGGGGCGGCCCUGCGGCAGCGCAGCGCCCCGCGCCGGGUCUGAGGAGGCAGGACGUCCGCGGCGGACACGCGGCUCUGCUCCAGCACAACCGAGCGCUCUCCAAAGCGCCGCCGUCGUCGUCCUCGCAGCGGGCGACUAAUCAGACGCUCAGCUUGCGGGCGCUCAACCUGCAGAGCGUCACAAAGCCCGCCGGCUACCAGGGCAACAGCGGUGCGGCGGUGCGCUCCAGCACGCGCAGCGGCAGCCUGGUGGUCAUCAAAGACUCUUGCGUUAUACCCGCAGGGCAGCGGCCAGUCCUGCCCGCAGGGGGCGCCGGCGAGAAGGGAAGGAAAGACGUGACGGCGUCGGCGGGCGGCGGCGGCGGGCGGCAGGACGAACGCAAGUCCGGCCGCAGCCUCAACGAGCUCAGCACCGGCGACUCCGACGACAGCAGCGGCAGCGAGUCGGAGCGGGACGCCGCGUCGUAUCCUAGCGACAGCCGGCCCAGCCUGGGCGACGCCGCUACGGAAUCGGACGCUGAGACGGACUGGCGGCCCACGCGGAACCUUCUGGAGCACGUGUUUGUCACCGACGUGACCGCCAACUUCAUCACCGUCACCGUCAAGGAGUCGCCCACCAGCGUCGGCUUCUUCAACCCACGCAACCACUAGCCCCUUUCGCGCUGCCCUCCGGAACCCGCUCGGUAGCCACGCGGGACGGGGCGCGGUAGCCGACCCGCCAAUUUGUCGGCUUUAUCCGAGGCAGAACACAACGCCGUCAGCGUGUAAGGGUGUAGCCGCAUGAAGUUUAACGUCAUCUUCUUCAACCUGCACAACCGUUAUCUCCUUUCACGCUGCCCGUCAAAAGCCGCGUUUUUCCGGCUCGCUGGGAUGGGGUGAUUUAAGUCAACCUUCAAAUUUGCCAGCUUCAUCGGAGGCCUAAUGGAAGCGGAACGCCGUCAGCGUGAAGUUUAGACAUGCUGGCUACACCGCAUUGUGUUGAAAACAAUUGGCGCUGCUGUAAUUAUGUGAAUGCGUGAAGGCGCAAUGGCUGGGUGAACGGUAGCUCAGCUGGAAGUUUAAGACACGAGACUCACCUUGGUGUUGAAAGCGAUUGUCUGCGCGCAUCUAAUUGUCUACGGGUCAUAUUCUCCCUUUUGCGUUCAUUCUGCGGUCAAGUCACACCUGUCAUUCCCUCAAAAUGGGCGUGUCAUAUCUAGCUACAGUAUCUGUGACUGGGAACUCACCCACUGCGUACCGCCACACGGCCGUAACGUGUGCCGAUCGCGCUACGUUGACAUUUUAUAUCACAUUAAUUGGUGAAAACAACUUGAGCGCCAGUGGACUUUUUCCACCUGCGAGGAGCAUUUCCGCUUCGAACGCACUGCAGGCAGCUUGCAGUUUGUCUGAAAGCGUCGUUGGCCACAACCACAGUCAUCGCAACAGCGCAAUGGUGAGUUAGAUUUUGAUGCAUUCGUGUUUAUUUGAUGUUUGUCGGUCCUGAAAUUCAUGCAAGUGACUCACCCGUGGCGUGUGGCGCAAGGAAGGUUGCGCACUGCGGAUCUGUACAACUUGCUUUUCCAUUGAAGGACCUCCAAACAUUCAACGUUCGGUCAUACCCAUGAUAUUCUGAUUCAAUUCCUUUUAUUGGAUUUAUUUCAUACAGAAUAAAAAACAAACACAAAGUAUGACGGCGCGGUGGGCAUGUUCGCGGCGCACAUCUCACUCGCGACGACUAACUUCCGUAUCUGAGUAAAUGCUCCACCGUUAGCCCUCCGAUGCACCAAUUCUGUGAGAGGGCAGCGUAAAGGGGGCCACUGAGGGAACCGGGGGGGGCACGACGCCAACUCUCUGCUGCGGAAACACUUUUUUGAUCCCCGUUUGAGCUGAUGAAACAGGAAGUCCUCAGUGCCUCAGGUUCUGGUCCACGACGUUAUGAAAGCAAAACUAAUGUGAUCUGUAAUUUGUACAUUUGAACUGUCUUGUUAAGUGUUUUUUUGUGUGUGUGUGUGUUUGGACCAAAGGUGCUAUGAAUGUUAUUUAAUUGUCAUAUUAACAGUAUUACACACACAUUAUUGAUCCUUUAAUUUAUACUGUAAAUAUCUUUCUAUUCACUUCAA